AUGUACGAGUACAUACACAGGAGUCGAAUAUUUGGUAAAAAUCUGAAUACAUUAUAUAAAAUUAAAUCCAGAACUUCCAUCCCCCCUUUACGGCUCUUUGACAUAUUCCAAAACACUUUCGACUCCUUUGUACCUGACUGAGCACAUCCGUGGAUCACCGAAGAAGCCACAUUUCGCUUUAACGUACUCCGUACCCUAAAUCUUCAAGCCUGUAAAUAGCGAUGCCUCUGCAGGAAUGGAUGAACCUUGAGUAAAAUAAUCAAAUCGAUUAAUAAAUUAAUCAAGCAAUCAAGAAUCCAUCAAUCAAUCAAUCCACUAUCUCGAACCGCUAAGAAAAUAAAGCUUUGCAAAGAGGACACUUUAGAGGCAAACAAGACCUCUAAAGUAUUCUCAUUUCAUAAUACCAUAUGGAUGCCUACUCCCUUGGGUGAUGCACUUCCUUCAUUAACUCCUCUGUCUACUUCAGAUAAUCCUCGACAUACUCAUCUGCCUAUUCAUCACGACCCUCAAUUCCCUUACGCGCAAGAACUAGACGAUUUGUCAACAGCUACUUCGCGCCAUAGAAAUAUUUCUUCCAAAUCCAAAUCUAAAUCUCACUCAAAUUCACACGGCGCAACACAAGCAGAAGAUUCAAAACAUUUACUCGGCGACCAAGACUCUGCAGACGAAGACGAGGAAGAAGAUCUUGAAACGGAUUCUAUGGGGACUCGCAUUCGCAAAGGCAAAGCUUCAGAGCCAGUAGGCUCUUCCUCUGCCACAGGAGGUGAAGACUCUCAUCUACCAGUGAUCACCAUGAAUGGCAAUGUCGAGUACCGGCGCAAGCAUGCGAACAUCGACUCUCCCCUGGUGACCGCAAAUCUCAUGGCGCGCGAGUCUUUUACCUUAGAUGAUCCUAUACCGAAGACCCCUAUCCUUAAUAACCAUGGGUUUUCCGAGUUGCCCAUGCAAGACAAAAGGAACUUCUUACUUCUAGUCCUUUUAUAUUUCCUGCAGGGUGUUCCUAUGGGUCUUGCGACAGGCUCGGUACCUUUCUUACUCAAACCACAUAUGUCGUACAGUGCCUUGGGCGUGUUCAGCUUAGCUUCAUAUCCAUAUUCUUUGAAGUUGCUAUGGAGUCCAAUAGUGGAUGCGAUAUGGAGUCCAAAAGUAGGACGAAGAAAGAGUUGGAUCAUGCCAAUUCAAAUGCUGUCAGGAUUCGGAAUGAUAUGGCUAGGCUCCCAAAUUAAGGAAAUGAUGAUUACAGCCGGCGCAAAUGAUGGAGCCGGAAUUUGGAGUUUCACUGGGUGGUGGUUCUUCUUGGUAUUUAUGUGCGCCACACAGGACAUUGCAGUCGAUGGAUGGGCUCUUACCUUGUUGUCACCUGGAAAUAUCUCAUACGCAUCGACGGCUCAGACUGUAGGAUUGACAGCUGGACAAUUCAUGUCCUUCACAGUUUUCCUGGCUUUCAAUGCCCCAGACUUCGCCAACAAAUGGUUCCGAAAGACUCCCCUGGACGAAGGUGUCAUGACAUUGGGAGGAUACCUCACGUUUUGGGGUUGGACAUACAUAAUUGUUACUAUUGGCCUGGCGCUUUUGAAGCGCGAAGAGAAAACCAGGAACGAAGAUGGAAUUUGGGAUGUCUACAGGGUUAUGUGGGGAGUGCUCAAGCUCAAGAAUAUCCAAACGAUCAUUAUUAUCCAUUUGAUUGCAAAGAUUGGCUUCCAAGCUAAUGAUGCUGUUACGAAUCUCAAACUCAUUGACAAAGGAUUUAGUCAAGAAGAUAUGGCUUUGACAGUACUUAUUGACUUCCCCUUUGAGAUUGGCUUGGGUUACUAUGCUGGAAAAUGGUCAACAUCCUACACACCUUUACGUCUUUGGUGUUGGGGAUUUGUAGGCCGUCUGGUCGCUGCCAUUAUCGCUCAAAUCACGGUCAUUAUCUUUCCUGUAAAUGGAGUUGAUACUUGGUAUCUACUUGUUGUUAUAGCAGAACAUAUUUUCUCGACAUUUACCAACACUGUUAUGUUCGUGGCCAUCUCAGCUUUCCAUGCUAGAAUUGCGGAUCCUGUCAUUGGUGGAACUUAUAUGACCCUGCUCGCUACGUGAGUACCCCUAUUUCUUAUUCAAAAUUUCACUCCACUGACAUUAAAUAGUGUUUCUAAUUUGGGUGGUACAUUCCCUCGUUUCUUCGUCCUUAAGCUCGUUGAUUACUUUACUACUGCAACAUGUAUUCCACCCGGAUCCGGUUACACACUCGCAGCUGAUCUCAAAGGACCUCUGGUCACAUCGUCCUUCUCCUGCGCCAUGGCUGCCGAGAAAGAUCGCUGUUUGUCUGGAGGGGGCAUAUGUAACAUCGAAAGAGAUGGAUACUAUGUCGUGAAUAUUAUUUGUGUCAUUUUUGGAGCUGUAACAUUUUGGGCCUACAUCAGACCAGCAGCUCUGAAGUUACAGGCUCUACCAUUGAGAGCCUGGAGAAUUGGUCAAGGCAACGCUUAACUGGCAAGAACAAAAGACUUGAGCGGCAAGAAAUGCUGCUAAAUAAAAGAGCUCUAUAAUAGACAUGUAUUUUUGAUUGGCAUUGAAAGGGACGAAAGGGACGAAAGAGGCGGUGAGAAAUGGUAUCUAUCAAUAGCUUUGCAAAGCAUGAGAAAUAGAAAUGA